AUGCUGAGAACGCCGGAGGCACCGCCGACGCCGCCCCCGCCGCCCCCGCGCCGAGCGACGCUCUCGCCGCUGCUGGCCGCGGCCUACUUCGGCAACGUGGAAGAGCUCAUGGAUGGCUUGAGAGAAGGUGAGGAUUUGGAGGCCCAGGAUCCUUCGGAUGGCUGCCGACCAUUGCACGCUGCCAUCCUAACGGAGCAGACGGAAGCGGCCAGCUACCUGAUCAGGCAGCGCGCGGACCUGGAGAGCCGGGCCUUCGAGGGUCUGACACCCCUGCUGCUCGCCUGCCGCUCGGAUGCGGGCAGGAUGGUGCGUCUGCUCUUGCGCCACUCGGCUGAUGUGGCCGCAAGGGACGCCUCGGGCCGCUCGGCCCAGGACAUCUGCGCGGAGCAUCGCUCCAACAGCGCUGCGAAGGCGCUGGCCGGGGAGGAGGAGCUGGAGGAGCCCCAAGAGUCGGCCGAGAGCACAAAGAGGAAGGAGCAGAGCAUUGCCGAGGUGACACAAGAUGACGGCUCAACACCCUACGCCGGCGAAGAGCCCGUGAGGUGCGAACAGGUACCGGCGGAGCCUUGGUUUGGUUCCGCGGUCGACCCGGUGGAAGCAGAGGGAGUAGACCCCCAGUACGAAGCUUGGGACCAGGAGAUUCAGACAGGCAACAGACCUGGAAGCCAGCAAGUGUUGACCGAUCUCUUCAACUUCCUCCUGGAGCCUUCCCUCUUUUGCCCGGUGUUCCCUCUUGCAGAGGCCAUGGCCUUCAACGGCGUGUCCUCUCCGUGGUGGACAUCCUCAACGACUUGGCCUCGGGCGCAGAAAGCGGUGGCUCGGCAAUCACCGCACUGA